CUGACGCGGCCACUGACUGCCUACAUUUCCUGGUCCAACUUUCACCAAGUCUUCACGACAAAAUGAGUCUUCUAAUGUAUGUGUUGGGUACCCUAAUAAUGCCGAUCUUUGUCAGUACAAUAGAAUAUUUGGAGAGAAAUAUAUCUUGCAACGACAUUAAAGGCCCCUCUGGCUUCGCCUUCCCACUCUUCCGCUGCUCUUUUGGAGAUGAGAUUUAUGCGCAUCGUGAAGAGAUCGUGAUUGGUAGUUUUUGGCCUGGUAAUCUGUUCCACUUAGAUGAAGUGAUACGCAUGGACAGCUCUUCAGUCGUUACAAAACAAUGCAUUGACCUGAAAGUACAAUGUAUCGGUAAAUAUGCUAACGUGGUAAAUGAGACCUGGCUGAUUUUUAAAACCAUUGAGCAAACUAAGGAUCCUGAUCCAGAUUUAUCGACACCAUGGGGCCUCAUCAUCAUGUCAGUCGGUGUUGUGAUUUUGCUUGGGCUCAUUAUCAUUGGGGUGCUUAUGUGGUGUUACACUUCUUGGAAAAAGGAAAUGAAGAAGGAGCGCAAAGCAGCUACAGUCUCUGGAUUCUUUAGCUAUCUAAUGAAUCGCUGUGGUCUCAGAAAGGGGAUUUCCCAGGCAGGUGUGGCAGGACAAAUAAGAUACCAAGGAGGGGAUGAAGUCCUGGAAUACCCAGCUAGUGAUUUGGUGAAUCAAGAAGGUUAUAUCAGCCUGGCUAUGCCUUCUAUCGCUAAUCCACAUGAAGAUGGUGAAAAUAAUACUGAGCAUGAUGGCAUUCUCAGAACUGUGCAUGCUAACGGGACUGAUCCUGAGACUCCUUAUGCCCGUGUUCAGGACCAUUACUUGAGCAAUGGGGGAAUCCAGGCAACUAAAAAUGGAGACAUAAGUGCCCCUGAUGUUAACAAAGCCUCUUGUCAGCGAGCCAUUAACAGGAACUUGAUGGGUGAUCCAGGAGGAGUGAAUCACAACAAAGGAAAAGACACUGUGAUAGCUAAUCCAGGUUCCAACAUGACAGGUGAAGCCGCAGCUUUGGUGAACAAGCACGACUUUGACCCAGACCAGGUCAGCAGGUGCUGUGCUGCACCAGACACUGACGUGGAGUCAACACCCAAGAUUAAAACAUAAAAAUAAACAUUCAUAAAUAUUGAUUAAUAAUGAUGAUGAUAAUAAUAAUGAUAAAGAUACUACUACUAAUAAUAAUAGUAACCUAUAUUAUACAUACAACACAUUGAGUAUUCUCACAGUCAGGGUAUGGGGUACAUUUACUGACAAAUCCUUUGGGAUCAAGUCAAGCACUUUGUUUAAAUGAGCAUUUUUAUCCCAAAUUCUCGAUCAUCUUGAUAAGCAUGUUGUCUUUUUUUUUUUUCAGUGUUAGAAGGUGAUUUUUUUUUUUUCACAAGUCUGAUUAUAAUAACAAUAAUAAUGGUAGUUUUGUUACUGAGAAUAUCAAAUGCUUGGCUUGACAAAAGGAUGGGUGGACCAAAAACAUGUCAGAAUAUUUACCCCAUACACAGCUGUGAGACAACUUACUGUUAUUGCACCUAUAUAACAGACAUGUUAUAAUAUAAUAUAUAGUAUAUAUAAACAUUUAUGAACUAUCUAUCUAUAUACCAGAUAUACAAUGUAUUAUAAAAUGUACCAUAUUAUAUUACCUAAUUAUAAUGAAUAGUCUUUUUGAUAAUUGAUAAGACAUUCUAGAAUACAUUACACAGAAUGCUUUUAAAGUUUUGAGUCUACAUGUAAUUUUACAUUUAUUUUAUUUACUCCUUCAUAAUUAAGCAACGUGUUUAUUCUUAUCAUUUGAGUCACAACACCGUUUUUUGUGAUUCUGUAUUUUUGUUUUCUCGCUUAUGUACUCAGUUUCACUGAUUGCCCUGUCAUUUCUAUCUUUGUUUCUUAACUAUUGAAGUUUAUGCCACAUGGGGGCAGUAAACAGUCAUGAGUUGUAGAGGCAACAUCCUCACACCGCUUAUUACUUUUGUUGAAUAAUGCAAAUGCAGCUAAUGAAACGAUUCCAAUAGCUUCAGAAUUCCUAAUUGUCCUAAUACCUACAAAAUGUAUCUUAUUUUUAUGUUCUAUAUAUGUGUUUGUGUGAUAUGUGUUUGAUUUAAAAAAGAACAUAUAUAUAAACGUAUACUAUAGUACUGUU